AUGAAACCACCAGAAGCCUCGUCGCCGGUGUUUGCUACAUUAGAUCCCACGGUGCUGGACACGGAAAUGAAUGGCAUGUAUCAGGAUGGCGACAUGGAUUUCAUAAACGGUGGCGAUUACCAGCAUCUUUCCCAUGACGCUGGCCGGGAGUUCGACGACAUGUUCGCCCGUUCACCUCAAACUACCGAUAAUAGCGGGCUAUAUAUAUCUCCUUCUGAGGUGUCUUUCAAACGGCAACAACAGAAUCCCAACUCUCUUAAACGCCCCCUUGCGUUUUCCUUCGACUCGCCGUCGGAUUCGGCAGGUGACAAUUCGAGUCCUGGUUCGUCCGCCGAGUCAACGAGGGACCAUGCUCGCAACUCCUCCAUCAGUUCCGUUGUUCACAGCGAAGGUGCGGUCAAAUUUGAAAAUGAGGGAUGGCAAGCAUUCUCAAUGAACAAAGAUAAUCUGUUCAGCUUGGACACCGAUUUCAAUGGCUUCGAUACGAAAUAUACCGACAUUGAAUCGAGCAACAGGGUGAUGGACUCGGCAUUUGACUUUGACAGCGCAGCUAGCAGUCCUAUGCCGCCUAACAAAGAUGCCUCUCAGACAAACAAAAAGCAAAAGCAUUCGACUAAACAAGUCAUGACACAUCAUCCCGCUUCGCCGUUCUUUUCCAACAGCUCCAGAGAAGCGUCUCCGAUGACGUCGAGGCUACACCCUAACUCACUAUCUAUUUCCUCAUCACAAUGGAGCGGUCGAUCCCCUUCAGUUAUCGACGAUGCUUCUGCACCAGUUGCCAAUGCUACCUUCGCACAUAACACACCCUUGCAUUCAAACGCGAAUAUGAUGAUCGGUCAAACCGAAGCACAAUUUGGAAUACCGGACUAUUCCAUGUCUCCCUUCUACGCCAAAUCAGUGGCUCGCGUUCCAUCUCGUCCAAUCUUGCAUGUACACCCAACGUCUCUCAAGUCUCGAGUUGAAACACAAAUUCCGAUUCGACUGACCAUGUAUCCCCUUCCCGCUGGCGUCAAAAAACUUCGCCUACCUACACAUACUAUUUCAAAACCUAAGUUUUUGGCAAAACCCGAUGUUGGACGCUCUCCGGACAUCCUUGAGUUGCAUACGAGCCUCGUAUGCACUAGUGCGAUGCAAGACAAGUCCAAAUUGGAAAGGGCAUAUGCAAGAGCUCGCGGCGAAGUUGUUAAACGGCGCACAUCUAUUGUUUCCAACACUACGGACGAUAAUCAAGAAGAUGAUGAAGACAAACCACUGGAAGGCGGUGAGGUCAAAAUCUGUCAAGGAUGUAUACAGCGAGAGCGGAAGCGUGCAUCACGGAAGAAACAGAGGAAACCCGGUGAAGACGAACUUUUUCAAAAAGACGAGGAAAAAAGAGUCAUCGUUUUCAACACCAAUGAGAUCAAGGAAUGGCUCGAACCAGCCAAAGAAUCGACCGUCACAUACACGCCCCCAGGUGCUAUGCAGGUUGAGCUACCUAUGCGAAUAGCAUGUUACUGUCGACAUCAAAACGAGAAGAAUGGGUUUCAAGUCAUCCUUACGAUUAAGGAUCACCUGGACAAUGUAAUUGCUCAGGCAAUGACCAAUUCGAUUAUGAUUACCGACGAUCAUAAGACCCAUGCAGCAGGCUCGAGUUCUGCAACCGGAAAUUCUAGCAGUGUCCUAGCCGAUGCAACGCAGCUGCCCGGUACAAGCGUGUUCAUUUCUAGUUCCCCUCAAGAACUGACAAAGGCUCCGGUUGGUGGGCAAGAACCGUUUCGCAUAUCUCCUAGUACAGAUUCUCAAGGUCUUUCACAGCAAAUGGCUUCUCAGUAUUCAAUUACAUCGAGACCUUUUGCCACCAUACCACAAAAUAGCGGAUCCUCAUCUGCAUCAUUGACACCACGCAAUGGCUCUCGGCAGACAUCUCCAUCUGAGUAUGCCGGAACCUCAAAUAAACGUCGGAAGCAUAGCAGUUCAGGCAAGCUACCCACAGGAUUGACAAUGACGAGGCUCGAUAGUCCUCAAGCGAGCUCUUCCACUAGCUCCACAGUCAACAGCCAAGUAUCAAACACUCAUGGGUAUUUCUCACCAACUGAAAGGCCUUUCGCUACACCAAUUGGUGUUUCCGGUCCAUUCAGCAAUGGCCCGCCGACUCCAAGCACCAACAACGAGAAUUCAUAUUUCAAUACUGUCCAACAAGCCCAAAAUUUGGAUGGCCUUGCUCAAUUCUUGUCGACGCCUAGCUCGGCUCAUGCAAGUCGUCCGGGCUCACCAGGUUUGACGGCGUCGCGUAAUAUCUUUUCGGAACCUACGCACAAUCUAUCGUCUGGGCCGAAUCCCGUCAAUCAAGCUUGGCCUCACCUGACAAAUGCAGGAAAUCGUUUACCAACUAUUAUCCAUAAGCUUGUUCCGGCUGAAGGUUCAACUACCGGAGGAACAGAAGUUACACUUUUAGGCAGUGGAUUCUAUCCAGGUAUGGAAGUUGUCUUUGGUGAUACCCUAGCCACGACAACGACGUUCUGGGGCGACAAGUGUCUUAACUGUUUGACACCGCCGGCUCUGCAACCUGGUCUUGUACCAGUUGUCUUCAAACAUGAGCAUCCUACCUUUGGCCAAGCGCCCCAGACCCAGCCAAUCCUUCCCAAACAACAACACUUCUUCCGCUAUGUGGAUGAUCGCGAGCUUCAGAUGUACAGAUUAGCAUUGAGCAUUCUGGGCCAGAAGUUACGGAACCCUUCCGAUGCUUUCCAGACCGCCCAACGAAUUAUGGGAGGCGACCAGGUUGCGUUGUGGAACCUACAGAAUGAUAUUCAAGGGGGAAGCAAUGGACAGCGACAAAUUCCUAAUUUGAACGUCCAAGGUCAGACGAGUGACCUGGACUCGAGGAUGCUUACCUAUCUAGAGUUCAUCGAUCUCGAUGACAGCCCUCGUGCUCCAAGGUACAACUCGAAGUCAUCUAGUGGUCAAACUUUGUUGCACUUUGCUUCAUCAUUAGGCUUGACAAGAUUUGUAGCCGGACUUCUAGCGAGAGGCGCGACUCCUGACGUUCAGGAUAAGAAUGGUCACACACCGAUGCACUUUGCUGCUCUGAGCGGACAUGCUCAUAUUGUUCAUCGUCUCCGACUUGCGGGUGCCGAUGCUAUGGCCAGAAGCAUACGAGGAUUCACGUCCGCUGAUAUUGCGACUUCAUUACCUGCUCACCAGGCUGCACUCAUUCCUGCUCGUCAUUAUCGGUCUCGCAGCGUUGGCUCUUCGCCUUCUCUGCGUCGUCGUCCAAGCAGUUCUGCAUCCUUGAACUCUUUCUGGGAAGCUUCUUCCGCGUCUGAGUCCUUCAACCUGGCACAAGAACAGUCAGAUGAUGAAGGGACAACCGAAUCAGACGAGGAUGAGACGAAUGUCUUUAUCUCAUCUUCACGGCGCUCAAGCAUCCACCAAGAUGCAGGAUCUUCCUUGUAUUAUACUCGUUCUCGUGAGGACAGCGUGCACGUUGACAACGUCAAUCCAGAAGUCACAGCAAACGAUGAGACAGAGACUGGACGUAAUACUGCGCCGCCUGCUUCUCUAGUCGCAUGGCGCAACCAACUCGCUACUCAAAUCCACCAAUUUCAACAAAGCGUCGGUAGAGCAUUCCCCAACCUUCCUGCUCUUCCGCCAAUGCCACCAAUGCCCGCCAUGCCGGCCCUUCCUGAUUAUCAGGCAUAUCCUAUGAUGCGGCGCAUCAGUAACCUUGUUCCCCAUAGACCUGGAUCAUCCUGGUCCUCAAAAGACGGAUGGUGGGAAAUGUUUACCGGAAAUUCUUCGCCAACUACCGCUCCUGAGAAUGCUAAUGAGCCACCCGCCUACGACGAGUUAUAUCCACAUCAAGAGGCCGAUGAAGAUCGGGAUCUCGAGCUUAAGAAGACUUCAUUGCUUAGGGCGGCUACAGAUGCAGCGCUUGAUCAGCACUUUGAAGAUCAUGCGGGUCCAUCUAAUUCGAAUGGGGAGACAGAGGAAUCGGAAGAGGAACUCACAGACAUCCGAAUUGGCCGGAGGACGGUUAUAUCUCGUCAGCAACAGGAGCAACUGAAAAAACAACAAGCUCGCAAGAUGAAGGGACUUCGAAAAGACAAGAAUCUCUUCUUCUUCUGGAUUCCGAUGUUGCUUCUCUUCUUAGGCUUAUGGCUACGAAACUUCGUACCGGGUCUGUGGCAAGGCAUUUCCGAGGGAUACGAGUUUGUCAAGACUCGUUACAUACACCGUACUGUUGCAGUAGCACCAUAA